AUGAGGAGUUACAUCAAUCUGGAGAGGCAUCCAGCCCACGUCCAUCAGGUCUUUGUCAAGUGUCAUUUUGAUUAUAAUCCUUUCAAUGACAACCUGAUACCCUGCAAAGAAGCAGGUCUGAAGUUUUCCAAAGGAGAAAUUCUUCAGAUUGUAAACAGAGAAGACCCCAACUGGUGGCAGGCUAGCCAUGUGAAGGAGGGAGGAAGUGCUGGUCUGAUUCCAAGCCAGUUCCUGGAAGAGAAGAGAAAGGCAUUUGUUCGCAGAGACUGGGACAAUUCAGGACCCUUUUGUGGAACUAUAAGCAACAACAACAAAAAAGAAAAGAAAAAGAUGAUGUACCUCACAACCAGGAAUGCAGGCUUCUCGGAGAGUCCAUAA